AUGGCAUUUAAUCUGUUACCGCUUUGCCAUGCAGAAAGCAGACCUGUCUCCGGACCCGAGUCCCACCUUCGGCGUCUCCGGAGACCCCGCAAAGACGGCAAGUCGAAAUCAUCCCCACCGGGUUGUGUCGAGAGACGGCUCAAGUUCGAUGUGGUUGAGAACUUGAGCCCUGGCGGAACCAUCUCAAGGACUGUCGACGACCCCCGGUCCACCGCGCACAGGUAUCUUUCCCUGGCCUCCAAUACUCUGUGCUCUCAGUUUGAAGUGGCUUCCCUCAAUUUCUUAUGUCUCUCUAUAUUCCUUUGCCUCGAAUACUGUGCGCCGACAAAGUUGAACUCUCCUGUUGACAAAUGUCCUGUCACGGGAAUGUGCAGAAUGAGGCGACUGAUCAUCACUUCAGGAUUAUUGAUCUGCGAUGCAUCCACUUUGACCUUGCGAUCUGAGCCCCUGAGCCCCCGAGCCCCCGAACCCCUGAUCUUCCCGAAACUACAGAAAUUGCCGGUAGUUGCCCCGGUGCAUCGCGUGUCUCUCAACUUCACAGCAGAGCUGGACCUGGAUCUCCGAUCGAUCUCCUGGGCCGCAGCGAAAAGAUCAGAUGGCCGGACUCUCGAAGGCAAGCGGGCCUUUAGCCCUGCUGCCGACAUGGAGGCUCCAGAAUCCAGACCAUCAGGCUUUCUCUUCUUCUCACAGACACAUGAUUCCAAGGCCAAUGCUGCUCAGAAGCUCGAAGAAGAGAUUCUCAGGUCACGUCAAGCUGGAUCACUCGUCGGAACCGGAAAAGACUACAGCGAGCAAGUGCCUCCCCAACCUCUUCAGCAAGAUCCAAGAAACGUUGGCCAACGGUUUCGCCUGAAAGUCGGCUUCUACACCGAUGUAGGCUCCCGGCGCAGCUUCCAGAUGCAGUACCUUCAAGGGCCUGGGCCCAUGCUCCCUACCAACACUUUCGAAGACGGCCGACAUGAGACGUUCCGUUCCGCCAGUCCCUGGCUGGAGAUAUUGACGGAGCUAGAAGGACGCGUGGCCGAGGCUGGACUCCCGGGCCCUGGUCUGAUAGCAAACGAUGGAAUUGCCGGUAUUCACACAUCAUGCAACGUGCUCGACUCCUCAUAUGAACACAGCCCCCUUCUGCGCCUCGAUAGCGAAAGAGACGAGCCCGAGCACGAAGAGUGGAUUCCGGGCUGUGGUAGAUGUACGCGGGCGGCGGACCUUAGUCGAGGUGAGAUGACACUCGACGCAUACUUUCGGAUGCUGAGAGUCGGGCGUCCUGCUGAUAUUAACCUAUGCAUGAUGAUGAGUUUGGGGGGCUAUGAGUCGGGACAGAGUGGGAAGUUUGAAUCGUUGAAGACCACGGGAAUCGAGGGACAGGAGAUGACGUCCAAGGUCGCUCGGCCCUGA